CAAAUUACAGCAGAAAAAAUAGCUUGGAAGCAAAAGGAAGUUAAAGAAGUAAUAAAUGAGAUAAGAGUUACACCAAUCAAUAUGACCUCUGUGGUGGAUACUACUGUGGAUGGCCUGAUAACUGCAGAAAUUAGAACGAAACUGCUUGGCAAAAAAAAUAUCAAGUCCAUUAAUUAUAGUGUUAACACUAUCGAUAGAGUUGUCUACUUAAUGGGCAUAGCUCAAAAUAAAGCAGAGUUGACAUCUGUAAUAUCAAUUGCAAGAAGAGUAAAAGGAGUAAAACAGGUUACAAGCUAUGUACGAUAUAGGCACAGUAAACUGCGUCAUUAG